AGUCCCUGUAUAGUUCAUGUUUUUAAGUUAUUAAAUCAAUUGGCUGCAGCAGUGAUGAUGUAGAAGAGUUACUGUGAGCUGGGUGAAUUUAUGUAAUCGUUUGUUUUGGCCUUCAUAUAUUAACUUAUUAUUAUUUUUUUUAAUUUAAGGUUGGUAAAAAAGUAUUUAAAAUGUUUAACGACCAUAUUACAACAUCUGUAAAACAUCUUGUGCAUUUAUCUUCUCUGACACGUUUUCCAGCUUCCACGUGACGUCACCGCAGUGAGGGCCGCUCCCUUCACCUGAGCAGGUGCAGUGAUUGGAAAGCACCGGAGCUCAUACCGCUUCGCAUUUAGGUCGCAGUGUGUGCUUCUUAGUCGAACGUGUCGUGUAUGUGUUUACGAGUCCCAACCUCGGACAAUGAAAAUGACCCUUCCUAUUAUGGAAUCUGUUUCAUAAGCGAGGACACGGGAUUCUCCCGACGCUCUUUCGUCAAUCAUUUUUGGUACUGAAUAAUCUGCUGUGAUUGACGACCAUGGAUUUCGCAGAGAUCCGGGGGAGGCUGGCUACGUGUUGGCAGGGUUUUCUGGCGUGUUUCAAAAAACCGGGCGACACCACAGAUCUAGGCGGCAGACCUGCGCCCAGUCCCGGUACCAACAAGCUCGCCCAGCCCAGCGAGCCUCGACCUUUACCGAAGCCGCUGCCGGUGGAAGUCAGGGACUACUACGUCGCCUUGUACGACUACUCGGCCCGCACCGGGGAGGACCUGAGCUUCAACGCGGGGGACACGUUGGAGGCCCUGAACAAAAGCACCGAUGAGUGGUGGUUUGCCAAAGCGCUCACCGGGAUUUCUGCCUCCAAAACGGGCUACAUCCCUGCGAACUACGUGGCGCCGGUGGAGAGUAUUAACGCAGAGCCAUGGUAUUUCCCUAACACAAAGAGGCUGGAUGCAGAGAAGAUGUUGCUGGCUGAAGGGAACCAGCAGGGUGCCUUCCUCAUCAGAAACUGUGAAAGUCAGAAAGGGGAGCUGUCCCUGUCAGUGCUGGACGAUGGGAAGGUGAAGCAUUACAAGCUGAAGAAGAGAGAAAAUGGUCAUUACUUUGUAUCGAAGACAAGGACUUUUCAGACACUGAAGGAGUUGGUGAACCAUUACACCGUAGAGGCUGAUGGCCUUUGUUCCCGCCUGGGUGAACCAUGCAAAAAAAUGGAGGCUCCACAGACUUAUGGUCUGUCUUAUAACACAGCUGACCAGUGGGAAAUUGACCGCUCCUCUGUCCAACUGCUGAAGAAGCUGGGCGCUGGGCAGUUUGGCGAAGUCUUUGAGGGCUUAUGGAACCACACCACAGCAGUUGCAGUAAAAACUCUCAAACCUGGUACCAUGGAUCCCGAGGACUUCUUAAGAGAAGCUCAAAUCAUGAAGAAACUGCGGCACCCUAAACUGAUCCAGCUCUAUGCUGUCUGCACCUUAGAGGAGCCUAUCUACAUCAUCACAGAGCUCAUGAACAACGGCAGCUUGCUGGAGUACCUCCAGAAGGACAAGGGUUCCACCCUGCGGAUUCAUGACCAGAUUGAGAUGGCUGCACAGGUGGCAUCAGGCAUGGCAUUCCUGGAGUUACAGAAUUAUAUCCACAGAGAUCUGGCAGCCAGAAACGUCCUGGUGGGCGAGAACAACGUCUGCAAGGUGGCCGACUUUGGCCUCGCCAGGGUUUUUAUGAAAGAGAACGACAAUGUGUAUGAAGCUAAAGAAGGGACCAAAUUCCCAGUCAAAUGGACUGCUCCAGAGGCCAUCCAUGACAACAAGUUUACCAUCAAGUCUGAUGUGUGGUCCUUUGGAAUCUUGCUGUAUGAGAUAAUGACUUUUGGUCAGAUGCCUUACCCAGGCAUGACUAACUACCAAGUGGUCCAGAAGCUUCCCAUGGGCUACAGGAUGUCAUGCCCCCCCAGCUGCCCCAAAGUUCUGUAUGAGACCAUGAUGGACUGUUGGAAGGAGAAUGAACAGGAGCGGCCUACUUUUGAGACCCUGCAAUGGAAGCUAGAGGAUUACUUUGACAUGGACGUGACCUCGUAUGAUGAUGCUACACGUUAUCACUGACACCACUGUAUAUUGAACCAAUUUUUUUAUCAUAACAAUGAAAAAUAAUCAGUCAUUGCUCUGAUAUAAAAAUAGGAAUACGGUGACCAUAACUUAGCUGUCUAAAAACAGAGCUGACCCAACUUUAGUGACUGGAAGAUGUGUCGUUGAGCAGCGCCUAAAUGCCAUUGGUGUUACUAUGUUGACGAACUGGUUCUCUCAAUGCAGCAUAGCUCACAUUCCUCCCAGCACUCACCUGUCAAUUAGCAAAGGCAUUUGUAGUAGCCUUUGUUUGGCUGGUGGCAGUGGGUGUCUCUUUGGUUCAGCCAUGAUUAAUAGGUGAUCUUCACACCCUUUAUACAGAGGCAGCUGUUUAUGGCCCUAGCAUUGGGAGAGGUCUGCUACAUUAAAACACAGUUUAUCUGGAAAAGCUGCUGCUUUUUAUUAAUAUAACCCAUAAAAGCAUGUGCACCUACUAUUGUGUCAUCAAAUAUUCUACAUCCCAUUAUCUAUUUUCUGUCAUGGUAAAUGUAUGAAAAUAUGAUUUCUUGAUGGAUCAAGUGUACAUAAUACAGACAUCAGUAGGUAGGUUUAAGCCUCUACACAACUGAUCCAGUGGGCGGUAGGCUGUUUGGUACAGUGGUAUUCAUAAAUAUUAUAAAUAAAAGUUGUUAAAUAACACACUUUUAUCUUCGUGUCUUCACCUUGAUAGUAAGGUUAACACGGCACUGAAAACAAAUCUAAUAUUUUCUACUUGACUCCUGAUUUUAGAUGCAGCUCCAGGUUUUUUUUUUUUAAACCUGUUGUAUAAAAUGCCCUACUGACUUUCUUUUAAGCUCUAGUUUUGCAUAAAUUUAAAUAUCAAAAUGUUUAAUGCUCAACAAAAUCUUAUAAUUUGACAGAUGUUAAUAAAUUAAAAUCAUCACCUGUUAUAUUUACUGAUAAAUUGUAUGUAGUAGUCCUUUUGUUAACCAUGUACCUUUUUAAAAAGGACAAUUGGCCCUGCACAUUUGAGUGGAGGGAACCAAAAGAAGAACUGAACAUCACUAGGUUUUAGGACUUGUGUUUCUGUUGCACGCGAUGGAAUUUGACCAGUCUUAAAAGAUUGAUUAUCUUCUUUUGACACGCAUUCCAUAUGAUACUAUCGUACAAUAGCUCGAUGACUGAACAAUGUCACACUGCACCCUUCUAGUUAAGUUAUUUGUUCUGUUUCAGCUGAGAGCACCAGAAGCUACUAUAGUUUUUAUUAGGCUGCACACACAAUCAUGGGCUGAGACAUGUUAAACCUAGAUCAUUCUGUCUGAUAUUGUCAUGAAGAAAAUUUUGUCAAUUGUGCAUUAUAACCAUGGCAGUAUUUACAUAUUGUAUUUUAAUAAUUAUUCGCAAUGCAUAAUUAAAAGAUUUAUAUUUU